CUCCCAGCUGUCUAGAUGCGGGCUGGCUAAUGCUAACCGGUUAGCUGCUGGAGGCGCGUUUGCCUCUUUAUUCGGGCUGAACUGAACGAGCAGCCGCCUCACGGCCGGCCGGGAGUCCCAAUGCCGGUCCACUCCCGCGAGAAGAAAGAAAGUAACCACGAAGAAAUGGAGGUGGACUUCCCCGAGCAGGACGGCAGCAGCACGGACGAGGAGGACACCGUUAGCUCGUCGGUGUCCGAAGAUGGAGACAGCUCGGAGAUGGACAAUGAGGACUGCGAGAGGAGGAGGAUGGAGUGCCUGGAUGAGAUGACAACCCUGGAGAAGCAGUUCACUGACCUGAAGGAGCAUUUGUACAAGGAGCGCCUGAGCCAGGUGGACAUCAAGCUGCAGGAGGUAAUGGCCGGCUGUGCCCACGAGUACCUGGAACCUUUGGCCAACCUGCAGGAGAACAUGCAGAUCAGGACCAAAGUCGCCGGGAUCUACAAGGAGCUGUGCUUGGAGUCCGUGAAGAACAAGUACGAGUGUGAGAUCCAGGCGGCCUGCCAACACUGGGAGAGUGAGAAGCUGCUGCUGUUGGACACUGUGCAGAGUGAACUGGAGGAGAAGAUAAGACGGCUGGAGGAAGACAGACACAGUAUUGACAUCACCUCAGAGUUGUGGAAUGAUGGAUUACACUCACGGAAAAACAAGAAGAAAGACCCGUUCUGCCCCGUGAAGAAGAAGAAGCCUGUCGUUGUCUCUGGGCCUUAUAUCGUUUACAUGCUGCAGGAUCUUGACAUUCUGGAGGACUGGACCGCCAUAAGAAAGGCGAUGGCAUCGUUGGCGCCGCACCGGGUGAAGGUGGACGUCAAGCCUGAACGACAGCAGCAUGUGGCGCGCUUCGAGGACGGCCGGCUUUUCUACGACAACCAGUGGUACUGCAGGGGACAGGCCAUCUGCAUCCACAGGAAGGAGGAGUACCCGGCCAGCGCGAUCAUCACCACCAUCAACAGCGACGAGGUGUGGUUCAAACGCCUGGACGGCACCAAGUCGAAGCUGUUCAUCUCCCAGCUGCUCAAAGGCAAAUACACCAUCAAGCACUCGUAAGAGCACCCACCCGUCCAGAGCGACCGACGACAUCUCUGCUGACCUUUCUCUUUGUGUCCGCUCUGCGCGCUCUCCGUCCACGUUCUUGCCAUGUGCGCACAUACCUGCAAACUUGUAGCUUUUCGACAAAAAUCACAGAUUUUAAAUCAAAAUGUCAUGUGCCUGAAUUGUGUAGAUCCAGUUUUCAUUCGGGGGGCGAGGGGCGUCGGUCAAGCGUUUUCUGAGGUUGGAGUGAGACCAGGUGAUGUUUGCAAUAAGACUUCUUUGACGUGACGCGUGCGGUCUUGGCCAAUCAGCGUUGAGAUCUCAACAGCGUCUCCAUUUCAAUCCAAAUCGGGUUACGGCCGAUACAUGAUUAUUAGUUUUAUUAUUAUUAUUAUUAUUACUGUAUGGGUUUUGGCGCAAUCUGUGAUCUGAAUCAGAUCAGUUUAGACUUUUGGUCUACAAUGAAAAGGCCGUGGUUAUAAAACACGACGUGGAUGAUGGUCUAGAUUCGCUCACUUUUUGGAUUACACAGCAAUCUUUGAAACCCCCCCCCAACACCCGUUUUCACCACUUUUGCAGGUGUGUGUACAGUUCCACACCCUCAGUGCAUACUACCAAAAGACAAGCCAACUAACGUGUUCUAGUGUUAUGAGACGACCUUCUCUGUAAAUAUGUAUGUAUGUGUAUAUUAUGGACAAUGUCACAAAGGAGCUACAAGGGUGUCCAGAGUGUCAUUUUCUCUGGAACGGAGAUCAAUGCUGCUAAAAACAACCGAAGGCCGAGGAGACGGGUCGCUGGUGAACUGUGAAGUGCGGAGCUCAGUCACGUGACACAACGUUCCCAAACCACCGGUGUCAUCGCAGCGAAGCCUUACUCCGUGAGCCCGACCCGGGGCGGCUGUGACCGGCCUCUCGGGACGCACCGGUUCCACGUGAAUUUUAAUGCCCCAUAGAUCCUAAUGAAUCAUUUAGUAAAAGUAAAAAUGUCUCAACUCAUGCAGACGGAUUAUGCUCAAUACACUUUUAGGAAACUAUUCUAUUGUGAAAAUAAGAUAAAACUCUUCGUCCACUUGAUUUUAAAGGCACCGUCGAUGUUGUGGUGUCAUUUUUACAGCACCAUGUCUCACUAUUGUAGAAUGUGGUAUUAAAGGCCGCGUCGGGCUGAACUUACACAGCUAUGGAGUCUGUCCCUCAUUCUUCCAUUUAGUCCGUCUUUAUUCAACCUGUUCUGGGUCUGCUACGAAUGCCGGUUAGGUCCUGCAGUGCAAACGUUACACGUUAACAAUCUGAGGUUUCCUGCGUUCUCCGUGGUGCCUCCCUGUCUUGUUGUCUCCAAUCGUCACCUUUUAUGUCCCGGCCUCCCGUUGUCUUGGUCCUUGCUCUCAGUUCAAUGUUUCAUGUUUCAUGUUUAGCGGUCCAUUGAGAAAGCGGGACGGAGACUCUAAUCUCCAACCCUCAGCGUACGCGCAAAUUCUGCUUCUUUCUAUGCUUUGUGUUUUUCCGUGCUGUAUAAUGUCAGCAUUAUAGAUUGCAAAAACAUCUUCAAAGUAUUUGAUGCCUACAGUAUUGUAAAGCGAGGGAACGUUGCGUCAUGAACAUAAGCCAGGUGUCUCCAUGCGGCUUCCAGUGAGAAGAACCUUGUUGUUUUUGCUCUGCUUUUACCUUUUUUUAAUGCGUUAUGGUCUCUUACCCAAUCAAGGUAACAAGAAGAAGAAUAUGUGACAUUGUGCCAAUGCCUGUACAACUGAUUCAAUAUGUUGCUUGUAUCAUUUGAAGAGUCGACCCUGCACUUAAUUGUUUAUUCAUUAAAAGAGCAGAUGAGUGUUUUUA